ACACAAUUUCUACAAAGCCAAGUGAAGAAAGUUCGUAAGAAAUUCAUACAUUUUAACCAAUAUCUUUGAACCAUAGGCAACUCGGUAUCGGUAAUUCACCUUCCAUUCCAUCUGUAAAAUAGCCAAGAAUAAGAUUAAAAUAAUGGCUACACCAGCAGAUAAGAGAAAUAUAGAAAUUAAAGCACGAGUAGGUUCUGAUUCUGAGUUUGAAGCUAAAGUAAAUAUUGCAAAAAAACUAACAUCAUCUGAAGGCGAAUUACUUGUACAGAAAGAUGUAUUUUUUAACUCGCAGACAGGUCGCUUGAAGCUGCGUUUUACAGAAAAUGCGAAAGCCAUGUUAGUGUACUAUGAGAGACCGGAUGUAGCCGGUCCAAAGCUCUCUAAAUUUAACAUAAUUACGGUGGAAGAACCAGAGGUAUUGGAAAAAAUGCUUACAGCAAGCAACGGAGCAAAGGGUGUAUUAAAGAAACACCGAUAUUUAUUCAUUUACAAAAAUACGAGAAUUCACAUGGAUAAAGUUGAGGAUUUGGGAAACUUCAUGGAAUUUGAAGUUUGUCUCAAUCCCGAACAAACUAUUGAAGAAGGUCAAGCUUUUGCUGAGGAAUUAAUGAAAAUAUUUGAAAUAAAAAAUGAGGACCUUAUGACUGGAGCAUACUUUGAUGUUAAAAAUUAAUGUUUAAUAAAUGAUUCGUUAUACAAAAUUAAAAAAAAA